AUGAGUAAAUCAAGUUUCAGUCAAGAUGAGAUUCUGCAACUUUACGAACUUCAGUCAACUAGUAUGCCGAAAGUGUUGACUCGUUUCGAAAGGAUUGUUGGAUUUGGAGAAUCAAAUGGUCCACCCGAAAGAACUUUUCGAGUGGUAAUGUGUGGUGAUGCUGCAGCAGGUAAAUCAUCAUUUCGCAGUUUAUGCAAAAGUUAUUUUCGACGAGCUGAUGCUGCGAUUCUUGUAUAUGACUGCACUGUUGAAAGUUCAUUCCUUAAUGUUCGUGAUUGGAUUGCGACAAUUAAGGCAGUAGGCGUUCUGUUUGCGGAAUGCAGUGCCUUGAAUGGUAUUAACGUUGAAGGAGCUCUGAUGAAUUUGAUUAGAGAGCUGGUAGCGGCAGAAGAUGUGAAAAUCAUUGAAACUGGUGUGAUUAUCAUGUCAAAAUUUUCAAAGAAAACAAGUAAUUUAUGUUGCUUAAGGAGUUGA